AUGUCGGGACUUAACGACAACCCUUUUGCAGAUCCGUUUCAAGUAAGUUUUUUAGUCUUUUAAAGUUUAUAUUGUUUUAGGAUCAAAGUGUACAGAACGCGGCUAAAAGUACACAGAACGCUACAGAAGAGUUCAAUCCAUUCUCCCAAACCGGUCAGUCACAGCCCAAGAACAAUUUUGGAGCUGUUCCAGAUGCCACGGCUGUAAGUUACAAAGAGUUUGUAGUGGUAUCGAUUAAUCAAUAGUUAGUCUUUGUUUCAGCACUUGUCACAUUAUUAUUGUACAAAAAUACAAUACUACGAUAUUGUUCUGAUUGUUUUUUAUAAUUUCUUGAUGUUUAGAUCAAUGUAGACGUCAAUAGUGACGAGUUGUUCCGACAACAAGAAGAUCUACGGAAACGCGAGGCCGAGUUACAGCGGCGUCAACAAGAAUUCGAACAAAGACAGUCACAACACGGCCAGAACAGUGGCAAUCGGCCUCAUAACUGGCCUCCUCUCCCCUCUUUUGUUCCUGUAGAGCCUUGUUUCUAUCAAGUAAGUCUAACAUUAUAUCUUUGCAUUUUAAUUGUUUGGUGUUAUAUCUUGUUUUCGUCAAAUAACAAACGUUUUUUACCUUAUCUAAAAAAUGUCAGAGUAAUUUCUUAAAAACAGUAAUUUCCAGUAUUAAAGUGUUUGUUUUUAGGAUAUCGAUGUGGAAGUUCCUGUACAGUUCCAAGAGACCGUCAAGAUGGUCUACUACACUUACCUGACAUAUGUAGCCGCCUUGACGAUCAAUGCCGUAGCGUCGUUGUUAUACAUGCUUCUGGCGAACGGCGCUAUCGGAGUCUUUAUGUUGUCAGUGAUACAGCUGAUUCUAUUUACUCCAUGCGCCUUCUUGUUCUGGUUCAGACCCGUUUACAAGGCGUUUAGGUAACUCUUUUUAUUAUUCUUUUCUGAUUUUAGGUAGUUUAUGAUUGAAAAGCAUGUUUAACUGAUGACUUACUGUCAAUUUCUUUGUAGAGACGACAGUUCCUUCAACUUCAUGAUCUUCUUCUUCGUCCUCUUUUUCCAUUCCCUCUUCUGCUUCGUCCAGAUGCUGGGGUUGUCAUCGUAUGCUUGUGGUUGGUCGAAUGCCAUUGGAGUCUUUGGCCAACACUUCUUUGUCGGUUUGGUUAUGGUCGCCUCAGCCAUAGCUUUCACUGCCGCCUUUGCUGGAAUGGCCUUCAGUUUGGUGAAGGUGCACCGCUUUUACCGUGGAGCCGGCUUUACGUUGGACAAGGCCAGAAAGGAGUUCAGCGACGGAGUUAUGGCCGAUCGGAAUGUCCAAGCAGCAGCGUCGCAAGCCGCCCGAGCUGCCGCCACCCAUGCCGCAAAUGAAAUGUCUCAAGGCCGAUACUAA